GUUAUCCCCACCUGCUGGACUAUGAUCUCAUGGCUCUGCCCAUGUAAGCCAGCGCCAGCACUUUGUCUCUCCCAGUGCGGUCGUGACCAGCUUAGAGCGAUGGUUGUCGACAGCUUUCUCCUUAUCCCCAGCCUCCUGCUCCUGGUGGCUGGGGUGUCUCUGCUCACUGCUUCCUGGCGCCGACAGGGUUCUGACCGGCGCCAACAAUGGUGGAUGUGGUGGCUGCAAGUGAUGGCAUCGAAGUCAGGUGCUGAGAGGCAGGCAGGCAGGCACAGGAGCCCCCGGUGCAGGCCACAUUGCUCCCAGCAGCAAGCAUCAGGAUGGAAGGGCAAUCCCAUCCUGCCCCAUCCCUUCCAGCCAGGAAAGACCCGGCCUUUGUUGCUGCGCAGUGCAUGCCCCUCUCUUCACAUGGACUCUGCCACUGGUACAAUGAGCUCUGUGGGGAAACCCGGCAGGCUUCCCAGACAGGACCAGCGCCCGCAGGUUCUGGUGGCACGUGGGAUCCCCAGGACGCUCAGUCAGCGUCCUAGGCGAGGCGGUGGAGUUGAAGACCUGCCACCUGAGAUCUCCAACUUCACAAAGCCACCAGUGAAAGGGACGGUCUUCCAGGAGGGCCUCGUUCACACAGAGGAGAGAAAACGCUGGUGGGACUACGAGACCAAGAGGCUUUUUUGGCGUAUGCACUCCCCAGCACUUCCCAAAGUGCACAGGAAAGCAGGAGCAGCUGCAAGACCAUCCCGAGGACCAGCUUUGAGCCUGGGGAGAAAAGCAGAUGGCAAAGCUGAAGCCCGCCAGCCCUUCAACUCUGGCUUCAGUGAGGAGCACAGAGAAAUCGGAAAUGCUCGCUACGGAAAGUCUCUACUGGCAGCUCCUGGUGUCCCUAAAAUGGCCCAACACUAAGAAUGAUUGCUACAAGUCAGGUGGCGGAACUGAAGAGCAACUGCCUGUAACCUCUUCCUGCAUGCUGCCACCAUGAAAGGGACGAACGCGCAUGAGAACAUCCUUCAAACAGAGGAGGAGAAAUGCUGGUGGAAGAGCAAGGCCAAGAGGCCUUCUGAGUAUUGUAUUGCCUCCCCAGCACUUCCCAGAGUCUAGAUGGAAGCCUGAGCAGCUGCAGGACCAACACCAGGACCAGCUUCAGGCCUGGAGAAAAGGAGACCACAGAACUGAAACCUGCCAGUGCCUAGACUCUGCCUUCAUUGUUAUGGUUUUAAUGUUGACAUAUUAAUAGAGAACUAAGAUCGUCAUUUGCAUCAUACCAUUUCAGAUUGAGAUCUUUCAGAUUUUGAAAAAGAUAAUUUAAUAAAAGUCAUGCUAGCCUUCAGAGAAUUGUUAUCCUCAUUUCUUGACUUUUAGCAAUAAGAGCAAGCUCUCUCUGCAAAGAACAGUUUCAGAGCA